UGUGUGUGUGUGUAUUUGUCUUUACAACAUUACGGUAAUAUUACCACUUCAUUACCAGCCAUAUGAUCAGAAGAGAUAUAGCUAGUAGAGAUGAGAAACUUGCAGGGUUCAAGUAGGGUUUUUUGGAGAAUGGCAUUAUUAAUGGUUUUGGUGUUUUUCUUAGUGGGUUUUUGUUCUUAUAACUUGAAGGCUGCUUUGGCGGGUGAUUUGGGUCAGGAAUUUGAUUUGGUGUGGGGCGCUAGGCGAGCCAAAAUACUCGACGGCGGGAGGCUUCUCACGCUUUCACUCGACCAGGCCUCCGGCUCAGGCUUCAUCUCUAAGAAACAGUAUCUCUUUGGAAGGAUUGACAUGCAGCUUAAGCUUGUACCUGGAAAUUCUGCCGGCACCGUUACGGCUUAUUAUCUAUCUUCGCAAGGACCAAAUCGUGAUGAGAUUGAUUUUGAGUUCUUGGGAAAUGUCACUGGGGAGCCGUACAUUGUCCACACUAAUGUGUACACGCAGGGAAAAGGGGAGAGGGAGCAACAAUUUUACCUUUGGUUUGACCCCACCAAGAAUUUUCACACCUACUCUAUUGUUUGGAAUCCCCAACGCAUCAUGUUCUUAGUGGACAACAUUCCCAUAAGAGUAUUCACCAACGAGGAAAGAUUUGGUGUCCCAUUCCCUAACAAGCAGCCUAUGAAGCUCUACUCAAGCAUUUGGAAUGCAGACCAAUGGGCAACAAGAGGAGGGCUAGUGAAAACCGAUUGGUCCAACGCUCCUUUCACGGCCUUCUACCGGAACUUCAACGCCGACGCCUGCGUCCCAUCGGCAGCCUCGUCGUGCGCCUCAAAAUCGACCCCAGCGUCGACGAACCGAGCAAGUUGGCAGACUCAAGGGCUCGAUCCGAACAGCCGUAGAAGGCUCAGGUGGGUGCAGAAGUACUACAUGAUAUACAACUAUUGCACUGACCUUAAGCGGUUCCCUCAGGGUCGCCCAAGGGAGUGCCGUCGUUUGAGGUUCUAGGGAAAA